AUGGCGACUCCCGAUCCCAGUAUCACGACCUGGGAAGGCAUUGGCCAUGGCGGUGGGCUGUACGAACAAGGCUAUAUUGGUAUGGCGCACGGCUGGUCGACAGGCAUCGUCAGUCUGAUGAGUAACUAUGUGCUGGGAGUUGUUCCGACAACUCCUGGUCUCGAAACUUGGAUCUUGAGGUGGGCGAAAGGAAGAGUGGGGACGCCGCAAGGUGCUAUUGAGGUUCAUUGGACUCUGGGCGAAGACGCAAUGAGCGUGCAUCUUACCGUACCUGCAGGUACGAAGGUGAACGUGCAAGUACCGGUCAAGAAAGGACAAUUUGUGCUGUUGAAUGGUGAGCAGAUUGAAGCUCUGAUUGAAGAAGGCUACGUCAACAUUGGAGACGUCAAGUCCGGUGUCUAUACUGCGGAUGUACGGCAGCGAGGCUCAGUAGCCUGCAAGCCGGGCUGA